GAUAAUAAUUUAUUGUAUUGGAGGGGGAGCAAAAAGAGGUGGUGCAAGAUUGAUAGGAGUUGGUUUUGAUGCAACGCUUUAAAAACCUUUGACAUUUUUACAGACGGACAUUUGGCAAGCCAUGUCCAGCCAGCUCGUAACCUGAACAUAUGCCGAGGUCACUUUUUACAAAGGAAUUGCAACCCUUGAUGGCACAACUUGACCUGAGGCGGGCCAAGGCUCGUUUCUUGAAGGGGGUCUCCUAUUUCUCCGGAGAUAUGGCGAUUUUUGCAAAGUGGAUGGAAAAACAGUUUUUCUUGCUCCAGUUGCUGGACUGGGUCCUGCGUGGGGCCGCCCAGGUUAUGUUUGUUAACAACCCAUUGAGUGGCCUCAUUAUCUUUGCGGGCCUCAUCCUGCAGAACUAUUGGUGGGCAUUGAACGGGUUUGUGGGGACUCUCUUUGCCACCAUUUCAGCCCUCAUUCUGCGGCAGAACAGAGGUGCAAUUGCUGCGGGACUGUAUGGCUACAAUGGUAUCCUCGUGGGGUUGUUGAUGGCUGUCUUCUCCAAUGCUGGAAACUGGUACUGGUGGCUCUUGCUGCCUAACAUCUUCUUGUCCAUGAUGUGCCCAGUCGUGUCCAGUGCCUUGGCAUCCAUUAACAGUCGUUGGGAUCUGCCAGUCUUCACGCUGCCAUUCAACAUUCUGGUGUGCCUCCACAUAGUGGCCACAGGUCACUACAACCACCACUUUCCUCAAGUCCUCAUCCAACCACGUACCGAGCUGCCUAAUAUCACCUGGGAGGAAAUCGACGUUGCCAAGCUGUUCAUGUCGGUGCCUGUGGGAGUUGGCCAGGUCUAUGGCUGUGACAACCCUUGGACAGGAGGCAUCUUCAUCAUCUCACUCUUUAUCUCCUCCCCCAUCACGUGCGCUCACGCUGUCCUCGGAUCGACAAUCGGCAUGCUUACAGGCCUGGCUUUGGCAGCUCCGUUUGGCGCAAUUUAUUUUGGACUGUGGGGAUACAACUGCGUGCUGGCAUGCAUUGCCAUUGGCGGAAUGUUUUAUGCGCUCACUUGGCAAGUGCAUCUGCUGGCUAUCACUUGCGGGUUUUUCUGUGCAUACCUGGGCUCUGCCAUUGCCAACCUCAUGUCAGUGUUUGGUCUCCCAGCCUGCACGUGGCCCUUCUGUCUCUCUGCGCUUACAUUUUUGCUCAUCACCACAGAAACCAAUAAGAUCUUUAAGCUGCCACUAGCCAAAGUCACCUACCCAGAGAAAAAUCUGUGCUAUUUCUGGAAAAUGAAGAAGCAGGAGAAGCAGGAGAAGUUAGAGGAAGAGCAGAAGAAAAAGGAGGAGCAGCAGAGAGCUAAUGUUGAUGAGAUAAUAUUGAAUGAGAAAGAACAGCUGAGGCUCAACAUCAGUGCCAUGGAGGAAGCCAACAUGACACAAAUUGUCAUCGAGCACCAAACAGAGACAGAGCAAAGUGACACCGGGGAGGAAACAACUACAGAGGACAACCAGACACAUGAAAUGCUUACAGAUUAUGUAUGAAAGAGAAAUAAGAGUAGCAGAGAAAAAAUGAAACUGUGACAAGUUUGAUAUAUUUUUUUAUUCUACCAUGUUGUAUAGCAAAAUCCUCACCAAAUUUGAGUCUAAAAACUCUUUAGCAAUGUUGCCAAUUCCCUUAUUGGUGCCCAAAACACCAAGUUUCGUUAAAUAUCACUCUUACAAUCUCAUACUCAUCACUAGGAGUUCUGGUUUGACAAGCCUUACCAUGGUCGACCAAAGAAAUUGCGUGCAGACAGGACAAGUCUGAGUGUCGUCACCGUGUCACCAGCAUUGCCGCAAGGGUUGGAAUGGUUGCGAGGUCAGCCCAACAGUGCACGGUCGUUACAUUGCACACUGCAUGAAAUGAGUCUGCAUGAUUGUCAUCCCAGAAGGAAACCACCCGUAAAGACAAUGCAAGGCAGGUUGCUGAAGAUAAGCAGACUAAGGAGUCAGACAUGUAUUACUGGAAUCAUGUCUCGUGGUUUGAUGAGAUAAACCUAUUUGGUCACGAUGCGGUACAGACGCAGCAACUAUGUUUAGCGGGUGGCGUGAUUACUUGGCAAUGGAGUGGGGGCUACAGUAGAGCAUUGAAGGAACCAACCUGUGAAGCUCUCACCCAAGACGGUUAAAGUGGACCUACGGAAAUCCCACAUUAGGCCUACAUGGUAAAGUUUGAUAAAUAGCGGGUGUUCCCAUUUUUGUGUCUGUGUGACAUUUGAUUAUGAGUGAAGUAGGAUGUCAUUAUUAGACUCUCAUAUGGUCCUAGUUAACAUUGUAGAAAAUCACAUUUUGUGAUAAAUGUUGCCUCCUCAGCAUCCAUUGCAGCCUGGCUAUUCUGGAAGGCGAUACCCCCAUUAGUCAUCCCUUCUCAUUUGGUUUAAUUGAGUUCAAACCGACUUUGGUCUUUCUUUGGGCUUUUGCAAUAUUAACAAACAUGAAUAUGAAGUAGGAUACUAUUACAUAUACUAAGCUGCAGGGAAGCUCGUCACACGUGGAGCGCUGCUGGUAGUCACGUGACUUGCCCUUUGGAUAACAUGGUUGGAAUAUUUGUCGACUAACAAAUGGUGUCAUCAAUGAUAAAGUGAAGAGCUGAACCGUGGCAUCAAAAGAUUUCUUGGCACAGAGAUUGUCCUCUGCGAACGAGAGAUAUGAGGAACGGUCACAUUAUGACACAAAAUGACUUUGUGAUGCUACAAAGGGAAUGACAACUUCAAUUUAUUACUGCUUCAUUACCAAUUCAAGUUUUGAUUUGUUUGCUUCAUUCGCACAUACUUCAUGACAGAAUCUAUUGCACUACACUAUUUAAUGUAUUUGACAUGAUCUAAAUUGCAUGUGUGUAAGCUGUACAAUAUAUGUAAUGUACAGUAGCCUAUUUGGGGAAACAUGAUCUGAAAUUUCAAAAGAUAAAAUUUAAAAUACUCAAUAACAUGUGCCAGAGACCUUUAUUUACUGUACUGGUCUGAAACUUCUCAUUUGAGUAACAUGACUUAAGUAACUAAAGGGAAUUUAUAGCAUAUUAUUAGCAACUACAUGAAAUAUAGCCACAUGGCAUUUAGGUAAUAGCGUGUUGGCACUUGACCUGAAUUUCUCAUUGUAAAGAAGCAUUUUACAGUAUAUGUAAGAGGUACAACUUAUCAUGUAAACUCAUGUCUAACUAGAUUGUCAUGAUAGCUUUGACACAGUCAAGAUUCUAUCCGAAUUUGCUUAUGACCUUGUUCUUCAUUAUACUCACAGCUCUUCCACUGCACGUGUUUGCUUUGGUAGUUAAAAGGGCAACUGCAUAUUUUCUGCUGUCUAAACGUGUAGGGAAAUAUGAGGGACACAUGUUAAACUGCUGUGGUUUUCACAGAAGAAAAAAAAUUACUCUUCAAUUUCAAAGAAUACUUCAGGUUUCUAUGAUACAAUAAAAAUCAAAGCUUA